UCAUAGCUCAGGCAAUCACAGGGCCGUCCACUCUCGUUAGCACGGAGUACUACCCAAGUGAGGAAACCAUGCUACGAGGCCUUCUUCAGCCUUACAUCGAUCAAAUCUCGUCUCUACAUAUCCGAUUUUGCGAAGAUGACUACGACAACACACCUGAUUCCGAACUUAUGUUCACGGACUUCCCAGCCCUUCAGGAGUUAUCUGUAAGGGUACACCAUCAUGCCAUGCCAGCUAUCACACAAUUCAUCUCGCGCUUCCCUCUAUGCAGUCUCGAGGUAAUACGACCGCUGUUCUACCUCGAGCUCUUAUCUUCUUGCAAUCCCAUGUGGGCCAACCUGACAAAUGUCGAUGUCACCCUACGUAAAAAUGAUGCAGUCCUCCGCUUGCUCCAGCUGGGUCCCAACCUCUCGUUGUUGACGAUUCACGUAGCAUUUGAGGAAUUGUUGCUCAUAGACCUAGUAGAGCUAUUCACGCCUACCAAACUUCAAUCCUUACGCAUCGCUUCCCUGGAUCUUACAGAGGACCGCAUGGACCACGUGGUGCUCGCGAUUCAUUUCCCUUGUUCCUCCCCUCAAAAUAGUGGUGGAACCGAUUGUCAAGCGUCAUAAAUACUUUGUACCCUAGGCUCGGUCGUCACAUCUUUCGGAGAUGGGCUUUAUGGACCUGUGCAAUUCUGUAUACUCAAGAGUUUGCUACCAGUACCAUACGUGUCGUAGUAUAUCUUUCCUCAUCGCUCUAUUCUAGCAACUAUUUUGUUA